CUCUCUCUCCAAAGACCAAAUCAAGCACUUGUAUCCUUCCAACCGUUUCCCUCGCUAAAAAUCUCCACGCCAAUGGCCGACACCCCCACCCACACUGAACCUCUUUCUCUCACUACCCCAACUGCACUCAUCAAUCAAACAAAACUCCUCGAUGAAAUUGCAGUCGAUUACUGCUCUGAUGUGUGCACCCACCACACAGAUUCAAACCAAAUCCACAUCACAUUUGAUCACAGGGGUGGAGCCAGAUGGAGGAGCAAAGGCAGAUUCAGAUAUGGCACUUUUAGCUCUCACAUCAAAUGCCCAGAUGGGAACACAAGUGGCCUGAACUUCAACAUCUAUCUCUCUUCCCUUGAGGGUGAUAAAUCACAGGAUGAGAUAGAUUUUGAGUUUUUGGGGAAGGACAAGAGGAUUGUGCAGACCAAUUUCUAUGUUGAUGGGGUGGGUGGUAGAGAGAGGAUUCAUGAUAUAGGGUUUGAUUGCUCAGAUGGGUUUCAUGAGUAUAAGAUUAAAUGGGGUCCUGAUGAGUUAGAGUGGGUGAUCGAUGGAGUGGUGGUGAGGAGAGAGGAGAGAGAAAAGAGUGACGGGUUCCCUCAAAAACCCAUGUUUUUGUAUGCAUCUGUUUGGGAUGCAAGUUACAUUGAUGAAGCAAGGUGGACUGGGGCUUACAUUGGGUGUGAUGCUCCUUAUUUGUGUGUGUACAGGGAUGUCAAGGUCCCCAUGGUUGAAGAGGGGGAGGAGAGAGAAGAAUGUGGACCUGGUUCUUGAAUGGCCUGUGGGGUUCCCCAUUUUGAUUAUCUUUUGCUUGGAGAAGAUUAAGGAUCUGGUUUGGAACUUUGGAUCCUUGGUUGGUGAGCUCUCUCUCGCGCUCUCUCUCUCU